AUGGACAGCCUUUCGAAGCCGAGUAGGGAGCCGAAUGUGGUGGGUUCGCAGUGGCUGGAACCGCUGCUGGCAUCUUGUGGCCUUCUCCACGAAUGCACCAGGGCCAGUGCCUGGUGCGAGGCAAUGGGCGCCGUGGAGGUUGCAGAGGUGAUGCAAAGCUGGCAGGAGCUGGCGGAGCAUCUUCAGCUGUCGCUGGAGGAGCGUCGCCGGCUCGAGCAGGUCUGCACCGGAAGCGCAGCUGGAGCCAGCGGAGCUGCCGGCGGAGCUGCCGGCGAUGCUGGGCACUGGCUCGUGCCGUGGCUGGAGGCCAACCAACUUGGCCACUACGCAGAGGAAGCUGUGAGAUGGUGCAGACAGAUGGGUGCCGUCAGCUUGGAGGAAGUGAUGGAAUGCUGGGAGGUCUUAGCAGCAGACCUCGAGAUGGACUAUCUGGAAAUCCGGCGCCUUGCGGUGGCGAGUGGGCGGGCAGAUGUUCCCAAAUCCCGUGCCCUGCCUGUGAAUCCGAGCGAGGCUGCACUCCCGGCGAUCACGGUGCAAGAGCGCAUCGCUGCAAUCGAGCAAAACUCACGACCGGAGACGACAAUCAUUCGCCCGGAGCUGCAGAUCUUGGCUGCCGGCGGCUUCCGCUGCAUCCGCUUGCUUGGAAGAGGCCAGUACGGCACAGCGCAUCUCGUGGAGUGCACUGACAAGCCAGGAGAGCCCGAGCAGGUUGUGGCCAAAGUCGUAUUCCUUGAUCAUCUCAAGGACAAAGACCGCGCUUUGGCUUUACAAGAGGUUGAGCUCCUGAAGAGGCUCAAGCAUCCAAACGUGGUCCAACACCACACUUCCUUCCUCCAUCACAGAGGAACAGCUCCCCACACGGGCGAAGCGCUCGUCAACGUCAUGGAGUACUGUGCAGGUGGAGACUUGAGGGUCUGGCUCGAGAACUGCGCGGCGGCAGAAGAGCGCCUGCCCGAAGAGUCUGUGUUGAGCCUCUUCGUGCAGAUGCUGAAGGGAGUGGGCUAUGUCCACUCGUGCAGAAUCCUUCAUCGUGACCUGAAGACGUCCAACAUGCUGCUCGACCAAGACCACCGCAUAGUGAAGGUCGGUGACUUCGGAAUCGCCAGAGUUCUCGAGAGCACAACCGCGGUGGCCGCAACGCAUUCUAUUUUGAGAGUCAUGGCUGAUGUCCUUGUUGUUGGCGGCGGUGGCCGCGAGCAUGCCAUCGCAGUGAAGCUGCGCGACUCGCCCAAAGUCCGGCAUGUCUACUGCGCACCGGGAAACGGAGGCACUGCCACGGAGGACCAGAUGACCAACGUCGCAAUUGGUGACAGCGACGUGGCCGGAUUGGUGAAAGUGGCGCAGGAGAAACAGGUCGCACUGGUCUUUGUGGGUCCCGAGGCACCGCUGUGCGCGGGGCUCGCUGAUGCGUGUGCGGUGGCCGGAAUCCCUUGUUUCGGGCCCACGAAGAUGGCCGCCGAGCUCGAGGCUUCCAAAACCUUCUCCAAGGAUUUCUUUGCCAAGUACAACUUGCCAACCGCCGCCUACAGGAAUUUCAAGACUGGAGACCACGAAGCAGCCCUGAAGUACGUGGAGGAACAGUACGCCGCUGGGAGGGAGGUGGUGGUGAAGGCAAGUGGCCUUGCAGCUGGGAAGGGUGUCCUCAUGCCACAGUCUCUGGAGGAGGCCAAGGCAGGAGUGAAGGAGGUGAUGGUGGACAAAGUCUUCGGAUCAGCUGGAGACGAGCUUGUCGUGGAGCAGCUCCUGAUUGGCGAGGAGUGCAGCUGCAUGGCCUUUGCCGAUGGCCAGGUUGCCGCCAUGAUGGCCCCUGCGCAGGACCACAAGCGUGUCAAUGACAAUGACCAGGGGCCCAACACCGGCGGGAUGGGUGCCUAUGCCCCAGCCCCCUGCCUGACCCCAGAACUCCGUGUACAGGUGGAGGAGGUGCUGCAGCGGACCGUCGAGGCUUUGGCCAAGGAAGGGCGGAGAUACAUCGGGGUUCUGUACGGUGGGUUCAUGCUGACCAAGGACGGCCCAAUGCUGUUGGAGUACAACUGCCGCUUCGGGGAUCCCGAGACGCAGGUCCUGCUGCCUUUGUUGGACUCGGAUUUGUUCGAGGUGGCGCUGGGCUGUGCGGAGGGCAACAUGAAAGCACGGGUCCCCGAAGUCCAGUGGAAGAGCGGCGCCGCCGCCACGGUGGUCUGCGCUGCCAAGGGCUACCCUGGCUCCUACCCCAAGGGCCUACCCAUCAGUGGCCUGGCAGCUGCCGAUGCCGUGGAGGGUGUUAAGGUCUACCAUGCCGGGACCAAAGCUGCGGAGGCUGGCCCCGUGACCAGCGGAGGGCGUGUGCUGGCCGUGACGGGCCUGUCUGCCAACCUCAAGGAUGCGCUUCAGAAGGCUUAUGAGGGCGUGUCGAAGAUCAGCUUCGACCCACCGGAGUCCACGGAAUCCAGUAUGCACUUUCGAACAGACAUCGGCAACAAGGCCCUUAAGAGGCUGGCUGCCGCUUGA